CUUUGUCAACACAAGCACAUUUUUACUGAACUAGUACCAGUAAAUCUUAAAAGCACUAUCAAGAUGUUUAAAGUUGCACUCUUUGUGAUUGCCUGCUUAGCUUUCGCUCAAGCUAGACCCCAAGCUGACAGCAAAAUUUUGAGGUUCGACAACGAUGUAAGGCCUGAUGGAUACCAAUUUGCAUUUGAAACCAGCGACGGAAUUCGUAGGGAAGAAAAUGGAGUCUUCCAACCAACCUCCGACGAAGAAGGUGUUCUAACUGUUAACGGUGAAUCAAAUUAUCCUCUUGGAGAUGGUCUUCCUUUCUACAUCACCUUCGUUGCUGACGACAAAGGCUAUAGGCCAAAAUACGUCAUCGGCCAAGGUGCUCCCGGUAAUGCCGGUCCAGGAAGAGUCCACCACUAAAAACUCAUUUUAGUGCUUAUGUAAUUAUGUUUUAAUAAAAAUUUAUGAUUUUGUUUUA